UAUAAGCUGGGCUGUGUGCUCACUUGUAACUAUAUUGACAAUUGGUUGAUAUUGGCUCGAUCAGAGCAGUUAGCAGGCUCGAUCACAUGAAGGAUUUGAAUGUCGAAAAGAGUGUGCUUUCUCCAUUUCAGAGAACCACCUAUCUCGGCGUCAUUUCGGAUUCAAGAAAGUUCGCUCGGAUGGAGUCAAUCUCCUCCUGGUGGCUCCUGGUAGCUCUCCUCAAGCACCCUCCCUGGGAGAUUCCUCUGAGGACAGAUCUCCUUUCCCAGGCCAGGGGCACCAUAGUCCACCCUACAGAUGAGCCGGAUACUCGGCUGAAACAAGUAUCCGUGCUGAUUGCACUCAUACCAGUGCCACAUGCUGAAGGUACACAGAAAGCUGUGUUGUCCAUUCAACCUGACAAUCAAGUGUACAAAGGAGAAAAUGUUACACUCAAAUGUGACAUUCAGGGAGGAGGAGACACUGAGUGGAGAUACAUCUGGAUGAAGGAUAAUCAAGUCUAUGCAAACAGCACAAUGCCAGAGAUCCAUAUCAACUCUGUUAAUAAGUCUUACACUGGUAACUACACCUGCAGAGGACAGAAAAAUCACUCUCAGCAUUUAGAGCUCAGUGAUGCUGUUACAUUAAAUGUAUCAGAGAAACCACAACCAUUACUGAGUGUAUCUUCAAAGAACUGGCUGACUGAAGGAGACUCAGUGACUCUAAGCUGUGAGGUUAAAGAUUCCUUUUCGGACAGGACAUUCAGCUUUCACAAAGUUGUUCCAUGUAAAGUCAAUGACAGUCACAUCAAGUACAAGCUCCUGCUCCUCUCAGACAGCAACAGAGGAUCUGGAGGUUCCUACACUCUUAGUCAUGUUGUUCUAAAUCACACAGGACUUUAUAGGUGCAGAGGAGAGAGAGGAAACCCAGCAUUUUCCACAAAGAACAGCAGUCCCAAGCCACUAUGGAUCACUGAUGGUGAUGUGAUCCUGGAGACUCCUGUCCAUCCUGUGACUGAGGGACAUCCUCUUACUCUACGCUGUUUAAUUCGCAACACAAAUUCCUCAAAUCUCCGAUCAGUUUUCUAUAAAGGUCGAUCAGUCGUCCAGAAGCAGACUACAGGAGAGAUGAUCAUCCAUAAAGUGUCAAAGUCAGAUGAAGGUUUUUACUGCUGUGAAUACACAGAGAGAGGAAAUUCAACGAAUAUCUGGAUCUCAGUCAGACGUCCAUCACAUGUAGAAGCUCCAUUCUCAGUGCUCAUGCUGAUCAGUAGAGUAGUGACGGCAUCUCCAUAUCUGCUGAUCACCAUCAUUCUGCUGGUCAAAUAUUACAGAGCUCGAGCUCAAACUCAUGAGAAGAGAAUCGAGACUGCUGUUCUGGAGGAGUGAGCAAAUUGCAUGUAAAAGAAGAGGAUGUGAUGCUUUAAAAAAUAUAUAUAUACUUAUUGUUAUCAUUGUUUGUUUGAUAAUGCAGAUUUAUUGCUAUAAUGCAAUGCUAAAAGAAGCUAAUAUUUUGAGGCAGUGUUACACACACAGAAAAGAGAUUUCUGGUGGCACAUAAAACAAUUUUAUUUUGUUGUCACAGCUGUCGAGACUGUAUAAACAAUAAACACAUAGGAAAAACGUGAGUUAUCGUGAGUGUUUCUCUGAAGCUGGCAAUGUGAUUUCUUCAUAUGCUCUGUGAAGCGUUCUAAACAGACAAUACACAAAAGACAUGUCUCGUAUGCUUCUCCAUUUACAAACUGAACUUACAGAUUAAAGAUCAAAUACAAACGAAAACAUUAGUAUUUUCAAUUCAAGUAUGAAAUACAUAGGCCACAUCAUAAUAUAAUAUUGCAGCAUAGCCCAUGACUUAAACCCAUUAAACAAUGGUGGCAUAACCUUUAUACUUUUAAAAUGUAACCUACAUUAGUUAACAAACAGUAUACAUGCUCUACUGCAUAUACAUUUACUCUCUCAAUUACCAUUACACACUUUAACACAUUAUAUUGUCUCGUCUCAACCUCGUGCGAUCUUGGCUGGUGGCUAACUCACACGCGAUAUGACCUUGAAUCGCUGAUGCGAUGAUUUGUGCUCUAGUUUACAUAUUAACACACAGUAAAACAUUAUAUAAACACAUGAACAUUAUAUUAACAGUAACUUGUGCAGAUAUAUCACAGAUCUCACCUGUAUAAACAAUAAACACAUAGGAAAAACGUG